AUGGAUGGCUCCGUUUAUUUUAACCGCACCUGGAAUAACUACAAAUAUGGCUUCGGUAACUUGCUCGGUGAAUUUUGGCUCGGACUGGACAAGAUAAACCGUCUGACACAAAACAAAACAAAGAACAUGCUUCGAAUAGAUCUGGGGGUAACUACGCACCAAACUGUUCACGCUGAGUAUGAAUGGUUUGAGAUUGGGAACGCGACGGCUGACUACCGCCUGUACAUUGGCAAUAUGACGAGUAAGUAAGCCGUCUUUUUAAACAUCCAUCGUUCGAUUUUUAUGUGUUACUUCCCUAUCGACGUCUACUGCCCCAUUCACACCAAAGCUUAAGAGCUGUUUUGCUAAAACCAUUUAAAAUGUGUUUCUUCAGAGAGGCUGCUUAAACUGAUGUAUGUCCAUUUAGCAAAUUAAAAAGUUAGUGACAACUUGAAUCCUAUGAAAAACUGGUUUUUAAUUCCAUCCCUUAUCCCAACUCCUCGUAACCUGCAAAGAAUGGUUCGUUCUAGUGUAUGCCCGUUUGACUGUGUUUUGCUGUUAAUUCUGCCCAUACCAAGUUGAGUCCGCGCUCCUCCUUGGAUAGUUUUCUUAAGCUGCUUGAGAUAGAAAAUUCAUUGACCUCGGCUUUAGCAAAAUCAUAAAAUUUGAGUAUUUUCUUAUUUUGCCAGGUGUUUUUGUAUUCGGAUAUCUGCCCUACUUCGUCGAUUCGUAGCUAUCGAGUUUGAGGUGUUAUCUUGAUCCUAAUAUUAUGGAAUUUUGGUAUUUAUUAUUAUUAUUUUUUAAGCAGAUUCAACUGUUUCCUCUGACUCCCUCAAUCCUCACAAAGAUCUCAUUUUUGGUACCUGGGAUAGAGAUCCUGCCCAUUGUACUCAAAAAAAAAAGAGAAAAAAAAAAGGCUGGUGGUAGCGCUUGUGCUGUUUGGUCGAAUCUCAACGGAAUUUAUCCGCAUUGUCGAAAGGAAACCUGGGCCGAUAUCCAUUGGGGAAAAUUAGAUCCAAACAGUCCCGCGGGCAGCGCCCCCACAUCAACUGAAAUGAAAAUUAGACCAGUGGAUUUUUUUUAA